AAAACCCCAAAUUGCGUUCACCGUAUCUCGAUUUCUUCUCCGCCGCCGCUGCCAGGAAUUCAUCGGAUUUUAAUCCAACCGAAUUCCGUCUUGUAUGAUUGUGAUUUUUUGCUAAUUUCAUAAAUCAUGUCGGAAUUGGGUCACACACUUCCUCCCUCGGAUAUUGAGGACGACAUCAAAGCCUUGCAACUUGAUUCAACUGUUGAAAAUACCACCGUGACUACUGAUGUGGGUGAUGCGCGUUCUGAUGGGGUUGUCGAUUCUGAUAGAACGGAUGAAGGUUCGACUGGCGUUGCACAUUUGAACCCAAAUCCAGUGGAAGUUGAGCCAGAAGAUGCCAUCGAAGUCAAAGAGAAGGAAAGCUUGCCUGCAGAAGAUAUUGAAGAUGUGGUGGACGACCAAAAAAAGAGACAUUUGAAUGUUGUAUUCAUCGGUCAUGUCGACGCCGGGAAGUCCACAAUUGGUGGGCAAAUAUUAUUCCUCAGUGGUCAAGUUGAUGAUCGUACCAUCCAAAAGUAUGAAAAAGAAGCUAAAGAAAAAAGCAGAGAGAGUUGGUACAUGGCUUAUAUCAUGGAUACAAAUGAAGAAGAGAGGGCUAAGGGAAAAACAGUUGAAGUUGGAAGAGCUCACUUUGAAACUGAAACAACCAGAUUUACAAUAUUGGAUGCCCCGGGUCAUAAAAGUUAUGUACCUAACAUGAUCAGUGGAGCAUCUCAAGCAGAUAUAGGUGUAUUAGUAAUUUCUGCUCGCAAGGGAGAAUUUGAAACUGGUUAUGAGAGGGGUGGACAGACACGUGAACAUGUCCAACUAGCAAAGACUUUGGGAGUUUCUAAGCUGCUAGUUGUUGUCAACAAAAUGGAUGAUCCUACUGUUACAUGGUCAAAAGAAAGAUUUGAUGAGAUCGAGUCAAAAAUGAUUACAUUUCUGAGGUCUUCGGGUUAUAAUGUGAAAAAAGACGUACAGUUUCUUCCAAUAUCUGGUCUUAUGGGGACAAAUAUGAAAACCAGACUGGACAAAAGUGUGUGUCCAUGGUGGGACGGUGUAUGCCUUUUCGAAGCUCUUGAUGCUAUUGAAGUUCCCCUACGUGAUCCAAAAGGUCCAUUGAGAUUACCUAUUAUCGAUAAAUUUAAAGACAUGGGAACUGUUGUAAUGGGAAAAAUAGAAUCUGGAAGUGUUCGUGAAGGUGAUAAUCUGAUGAUCAUGCCAAAUAAGGUUCAGGUGAAAGUUCUUGCAAUUUUCAUUGAUGAAGACAAAGUGAGACGUGCAGGACCUGGUGAAAACUUGCGAGUCAGAGUUUCUGGGAUUGAGGAAGAGGAUAUCUUAACGGGCUUUGUUCUGUGUAGUGUUGCAAAACCAAUUCAUGCUGUUUUUGAGUUUGUUGCCCACUUGCAAAUUCUGGAGUUGCUGGACAACGCAAUUUUUUGUGCUGGAUAUAAGGCGGUUUUGCACAUCCACUCAGUUGUGGAGGAGUGUGAGAUUGUUGAUUUGAUGCUGCAGAUUGAUCCGAAAACCAAAAAACCUAUGAAAAAGAAACCCCUCUUUGUUAAGAAAGGUGGUUUGAUUGUCUGUCGUGUUCAGGUUAACAACUUGAUAUGCAUCGAAAAGUUUUCUGAUUUUCCACAGAUGGGACGAUUCACUCUUCGUACUGAAGGGAAAACUAUUGCUGUGGGAAAAGUAACUGAGCUCGCAAGUGUGAAUGAUAAUGCGUAAACAAUUUUUGCCGUUAAGAGGUGAGAGCAUUUCUUGACUAUUGUAUGCACUUGAAGCUUGAACAGUUGUACUUCCAGUCAUCUACAUAAUUCAAGAUUAAGUGUCAGUUAGAUGAUUUGGGAUAUCAGAACAUUUUCUAGUGAAAAAUCAAUACUUCCGUUUAUGUGCUUCCCUUGGUCCACUUUCAGAUAAUACUUAAAUGAUUGUGCAAUUCGACAAUAAAUCAAGUGAAUUGAGUUGGUGAAAUUUCUGGGUUUACAGUCGUUGUGAUACGGUGGUGUCUAGUUAUGCUCUCCAUCUGAAAUUUGUUUUCCAUAGCAUGUGAAUAUUGAUAAUGCGCCCGAGCCACAUAAGUGCCAAUGAUACAUUUGAUUA